AUGCAGUCAGCUGCGAGAAAUCAGACGGAGAUACAGUCCCAGAGGACAAAGCUUACGAACUCGUAUAAAGAGCUGCUGGAUGAAUUUUCUUCAAGCGACCUUCGCCAUGUAGGAAACUAUAGCUUGGGGCGACUCAUAGGGAAGGGCUCGUUUGGCAAGGUGUACCUGGCACACCAUAAGUUGACCAAUGGCUCGAAGGUCGUGCUCAAGUCCGCAAAGAAAGAUGAUACCAACCUUGCUCGGGAAAUACACCAUCAUCGCCAAUUCCUACAUCCACACAUUGCGCGAUUGUACGAGGUUAUAGUCACUGAGAAUCUGGUGUGGCUAGUGCUGGAAUACUGUCCAGGCGAUGAACUGUAUAAUUACCUCCUCAAGUCUGGGGCCAUGGAACCGGUAAAGGUUCAGAAAAUCUUCACACAGCUCGUAGGCGCAGUGUCGUAUGUACACAACAAGUCCUGUGUACAUCGAGACUUGAAACUGGAAAACAUUCUACUGGACAAGCACGAAAAUGUUAAGCUAGUCGACUUCGGGUUUACUCGCGAAUAUGAGGGCAAGGCGAGCUAUCUUCAGACUUGGUGCGGUACGGUUUGUUAUAGCGCCCCGGAGAUGCUAAAAGGCGAGAAGUAUGCGGGAGAGAAGGUGGAUGUCUGGAGUUUGGGCAUCAUUCUGUACGCGUUGCUGGCCGGUGAACUACCAUUCGAUGAAGACGACGAGAGUGCCACCAAGGUGAAGAUUCUCAAGGAUGAGCCAAGCUAUCCUGACACCUUCCCACCAGCAGCGAAGGAUCUCAUAUCUCAGCUACUGUCCAAGAGACCUAUCCUUCGACCCUCUCUAGCCGACAUUCUCCAAAACCCUUGGCUGGCUGAGCAUGCCCCUCAACAGCAGGCAAUAUUGAAGCUGCAACAACCGGCACCCUUUACCACAGACAUUGAAAAGGAAACCUUGCAGCGCAUGCGAAGUGCUGGUGUAGAUAUCGACACGGUCAUCGAGAAUGUGCUCGCGCAGCGCUGUGACCCUAUGGCUGGCUGGUGGGCAUUGCUGAUAGAGAAGGAGGAAAGGAAAGCGAAGAGAAAAGAGAGAAAGCGUAGGGAACGAGAGGCGGAGGCGAAGAGCUUACGGCGCCUUAGUGCGGCCAGCAGUGCGCUUGAUAGACUUGCGCCAACGAUAAAAGAAGCAGAUGAAGGCGAGCCUAUGAGCCCGAGGGAUGGUGCGCCCAGAAGUAGAGGCCGGAGUGCGAAGCGGAGAAGUGCCAAUUACGCAUCUGCAACGGUGCCAGACUUACCCAAGCUGCCUGAAAAGAACACACUUACUCCUGAGACAGAGAGUGUUCCACCACCUCCCCCUCCUGUAGAAAAGGAUGUAGUCCAUUCCAGGGCAUCGUCACGAUCAAGACCGUUACCGCCACCAAAGGAGAACCGGAGGUCCCGUAGCUCAAUGUUGAACGUGGUGCAGACAAAUCCAGAUCUUCUCUCCUCCAAUGGUUACGUUCCGAAAAGGAGGCGGAAAUAUCAAGGGCCCUUCUUUGAUCGAUUCGCAGCUCUCCGAAAUUGGUUUGACAAGGCCAAGAGUCGUUCUCCAGGGUCGAAGAACAAAACUUUGAAUGCUUUGGCAUCAUCGGAGCAAUCGAAGAACGGGUCUGACCUUGCGGCUCGCAGAAGGUCCGUGGCCCAAUCGAGUACUCCUCGCGUUGCAAACAUUCCCAACCGACCCGACCUGUAUAAGCGAACAUCCUACCCUUCACGGCCAAGAAUCACUACAGCUACUUCUUCUACGUCGGUCCGUGCGCGACAGUCACUUUCCCCUUCUCCGAUAACGCCCCGAGGCUCGUUUCGCCGUGCCUCUGGUCUACGAGGGCGUAAAUCAACCUCCAGCUCCGUGUCGUCUAUUCGGAGCCUCCACCACCAUCAAUAUAGCCAUUCAAAAGCUUCUUCAACGUCAUCAGCAUCCAUAGCAUCACCAUCAGUUUCGGCCUCCGGCAAGCAAUCUCGAGGAUCCCCACAUACAUCUGUUAAAGUUCUUCCAGCUAUCCCGACAGCAUCGUCUACCUUCCCUUCCAACAUCCGCCUGGUCCGUGGAUCAAGUGAAGCACAGUCAGCUUUUGGUGGACUACCGCCUCCCUCUCCAGGUCUCAUUUUCGCGAAACGGAAACGGAGCCCGUUCAAGGGGCCCAUGCUGAGUGUCAACACACAUAAUAGUCCGAGCUCGCUGCCGCAUCAUCACCAUCGAUCACAUCACACGCGGGAUGGUAGCGGUAGCCAGAACAGCCGCAGUGGUAGCAUACAGGGCCGACGGUCUGGCGAGGUCAUUCUAGAAGAGGAGGAUGAGGAAGAGCCGCUUGGGAGUAUGCCUCCAGGCAGAGCCAGUCUGCAAAGCAUGCGAGAGAUGGCCGAGGAAGAAGAACUAGAAGAAGACGAGGAAGAAGAGAUUGAAGAAGUCGAAGUUUUUAGUCCUGUGGAGGCUGGCAGUACGGUCGAGAUGCUGGUCGAGGAAGAGGGCGGGGAAGGGGAAGAGGAAGCAUUGUCAAAUGACGGUCCCACCAAAAGCAAGGGGAAGGACACCGCGCUAUGA